GUUAACUUCGUCAUCGCAAACUUCAUCUUCAAUUAAAUUUGAUCGAGAAUCAAACCCAAAAUGCCGAGCAACAUUUUUACCUACCGUGCUGUUCCAGAUGGGCUGCUGCAACUUGUCACGAGCCACCUGCCAUUCUCGUUGCCCCUUCUAAGACGACUGCAAUAUACAUCGUUCAAGCACGGGCUAACCCCGACAUCGAGAAUCAUAUUGGUUUCCGACACUGGGGAGAUUGGUGAUGAGCUUCCUCCACCGACAAGAUUUACCGUGGCUUAUGUCGAUGUUGGCAGCGAUCACAACACUCAAAUGUGGCUGUACUCGACGCUCGAGGAUCAGAAGGAAUUGAGUGCAGAUGAUGACUUAUUUUAUGAACAGCAACUCAGGGGACUUGUAGAUGAAAUAAUCUUCAUUGACAAGGAAUAUGGUGGCAAGCUAGCGCAUUCCAAUGCCGUGCUAAUUGGAACUCUCAACUCGAGCGUUCGCGCGAUUUUGGAGAGGACCGGACGAGUCAUCGGGAGAAAAUCUGGAAUCUACGACAAGUGGCUCUUCAGGGUCGAGGACGUUCCAGAAAAUCAUUCACCACUCCCCGACGGGAUGCAUUGGGCCACUGCCACAUUGGAUGACUGCAAGGUUGCCAUCUCGCGCUCGGAUAUUCCACGGACAGCAGAAUCGCUAUCUUUGCUUCCAAGCUCGAUGAUCAAACUCGAGGAUGGGACGCCAAUCGCGUGGGCGUUUCUCAGCCCGGAUGGAUCGCUGGCCAGCCUUCAUUGUGAAGAACCAUACCGGCGGCGAGGCUUGGCCAAGACAUUGGCCGCGAAGCUUUUCCGAGAGAGGACUUAUGAUUACGGUAAUGACGGAUGGUGCUCCGCUGACGUGUCGCCGGACAACGACGGCAGCCGCGGGAUGUGCAUGCGUCUGAAUGGAAAGCCAUACUGGACUUUGUCGUGGGUUCUCUUGGUUGUGAGAGCUGCAGUGGAGGGAGAAACAGAGGGAAGACGAUAAAUGAGACUUUGACUAGAGAUAUGCAAUUCAGGUUUCCGUAACUUGGAUCCUCUACAAUGCGGUGUGUUCCAUGUGGAUCUUAGAUCUUUCUGCUGGGCAAUGGGUCAGAACAAUCGAGAUAUCAACUUCAUCGAUGAGGCCACCGCCAGAUAGGGAGAAACUACAUCGUCAUCGGUAGAUCUUAAUCAGCAGAUUUAGUAAUAUCUUAUGACCUGGCACGGUUGGGAUUUUAUAA